AUGGUUGUAAACUGUGCAAAAGCUGUUGAUGUUUUAGACAAACGUAAAAAUAUUAUGAAAAUGAUUCAAAUUCUAAUCAGCCCUCCUUGCUUGCCACGAAACUCUGAAGAGGAAUUGAUUCAAAACAAAUAUGAUCGUAUCAUCAGAUUUAGAUCUUUACUCAACCUGUUAUUAGUAGGAUCAGCUAUGGGCCUAUCCUUCGUUGAAUCGUUAUUUUGUGAUAUUCCUUUCCAAAAGUUAGCAUAUAACGCAUGGUAUCCAAUUAAUUUAUCAAUUUACACCAACUACUUGGUAGCAUGGAUCCAUCAGAAUCUAGCUCACAUAUAUGGAGCACUAAUUACUGCUGAUUAUGAUACCUUUGUUUCUGGAUUCAUGCUCCAAAGCUGUGCCAAGUUUGAUAUCCUGAACUACCGUCUCAGUAAUGUAUGUUACAAAAUUCAACAUAAUUCAAACAAACCAGAACAUGAUGAUACACAGGAAUUCAGCAAAUACACAAAUGAUACUUUCAGUUCUGUUAUACUGCUUCAAGUUCUAGUAAGCACUGGAAUUAUUUGUGUAACAGUCUUUACGUUAUCUCAAACAGGCAUCAAUGAUUCCUAUUAUCCUGUAUUGAUUAUUUAUCUAGCCUGUAUGCUUGUACAGCUUUUUUUAUAUUGUUAUACAGGGAAUGAAGUAACACUGAAGAGUGCUGAUGUGGCUGAAGCUAUUUACUGCAAUGUUGAUUGGUGGACAACAAGUGUUGGUGUGCAAAAAAAAUUAUUAUUCAUGAUGUUAUGCAGCACAGAUUUAGUAACAUAUACUUGUGGAAAAAUCUUUGAUUUAUCCAUCGAAUCAUACAAAAAUAUAGUUAAAUUCUCUUAUUCUGCAUUCAAUGUUCUUCAACAGUCAUCAAUUAAUUAA